CCCAGCUUCGCCGAAACCCUGCGCUCACUGUUCAUCGUAUGAACUAGCGAUGUCUGAUGAAGUAGCGAAACUUUGCCACGAGAAAAUCGAUGUCGUCCUACGUGAUCUCGACGCUCUUCUACGGAAAAAAUUCGGGGAUGACCUCGUUGUCGACAGUUUUACAACGAGUAAUCUAGUUCCUCCAGGAGAAAACUAUGGAAGCUCGAUGUUUAAGGUUGAGGCGAUUGUCAGACGCGGUGGGCCGGGCUCGGAGCAGGAGAAAUUGUCUCUUGUUGCUAAAAUGGUGCCGCCGACGGAGUUCCAGAAGAAGAUGUUCGACAGUCCGUUCACCUUCCGCAAGGAGAUUUCCAUGUUCAAGGUCAUCGGACCGGCCUACCAAGCCUUGGAACGCGAAUCCGGCAUCCCCGAAUCCGAAGUUUUCGACAUACUGCCAAAUUUCUACGGUGCAAGACUGUCGCUGAAUGAUACGGAGGACACGUUCGAUCACGAUGCGGUGAUCCUGAUGGAGAAUCUCAAGAUGAAGAACUACGCCUGCCUGGACAGAAUGGUCGGCGUUGACUUGGCUCAUUCGAAAUUUCUCGUUGAAGCCCUGGCGCGAUUUCACGCCUUGGGUGUCGCCAUGAAGUUGAAAAAACCGGACUUGUUCAAGGUUCUCAAAGAGCGUGCAAAGUCGGUGGAAUGCGACGAAGAAAUGCCUGACGAGGAUGAGACUGAAUCGGUAUUGGCUAUUUUGAAGAAGACUUCUCUUCUAGUCCCACAUCUCGACAGGAUUGAAAAGGCGUUGCGUACUUUUGACACGGAGGCAUGGACCAAGGAACCAGACGAGCCUUGGGGUACGAUAGCGCAUACAGACCUCUGGGUAAACAACGUCAUGUUCCGUGACGAUGCGGAUGGCAAUCCCGAAGACGUCAAGUUCGUUGACUUUCAGAAUUAUCUCUAUCUGAAUCCGAUGUUGGAUCUCGUAUUUUUCAUCGUCUCGAGUUGCGAGAAGAACGUACAGGAUAUUCACAUGGACGAACUGGUUGAUUUUUACUAUGAAAAGUUCGUAUCUCAUCUUGUGAGAUUAGAAUGUGACGUGGCGUUGUUCUCCAGGGAGUCUUUCGAUGAGCAAUUCGAGGCCGCCGCCAAAGUCGAGUAUCCGCACUGCAUGUUUAUGACCAGAGUUGUAAAUGCAGAUACUCGGAAAGACCUUAACAUGAGUAGUCCUGAGCAAUUGUUCAGCAAUGAGAUUACUGAUGAGUGUGGGAAACGAAUGACCGAGAUCACGAUCCAGUUUGUUGAAAGAAAUUGGUUGACGAUGAAGGAUGAAUUGGCACAGUUUUCUCAGGGGAAAAUCGAUGUCGUUUUGCGCGACCUUGACGUUCUUUUACGGAAAAAAUUCGGGGGUAGUUUAACUGUCGACCAUUUUACAACGAGCAGUCUCAUCCCGCCAGGAGAAAACUAUGGAAGCUCGAUGCUUAAGGUCGAAGCGAUUGUCAGACGCGAUGGGCCGGGCUCGGAGCAGGAGAAAUUGUCUCUUGUUGCUAAAAUGAUACCGCCGACUGAGUUCCAGAUGAUGAUGUUCGACAGUCCGUUCACCUUCCGGAAGGAGAUUUCCAUGUUCAAGGUCAUCGGACCGGCCUACCAAGCCUUGGAACGCGAAUCCGGCAUCCCCGAAUCAGAAGUACUCGACAUACUUCCAAAUUUCUACGGUGCAAGACUGUCGCUGAAUGAUACGGAGGACACGUUCGAUCACAAUGCGGUGAUCCUGAUGGAGAAUCUCAAGGCCAAGAACUACGCCUGCCUGGACAGAAUGGUCGGCGUUGAUCUGCCGCAUGCGAAAUUUCUCGUUGAAGCACUGGCGCGGUUUCACGCCGUGGGUGUCGCCAUGAAGUUGAAAAAACCAGAAUUGUUCAAAAUGUUCAGAGCGCAUGCCAAGUCGAUGUCAAUAAACAACGACGGAUUUGACGAUAUAAUAAAAUCGAUGUUGACGGCCUUGAAGAAGGCUUCCGUUGUCCUUCCGGAAAUUGGUAAGGCCGAAAAAGCGCUGCUUAAUGCAAACGUCGAUCUGGACUGGCUCAAGGAACCGGUCGAGCCCUGGGGUGCAAUAGCCCAUAUGGAUCUCUGGGUGAACAACGUUAUGUUUCGAGAUGACGCGAAUGGCAAUCCGGAAGACGUUAAGUUCGUUGACUUUCAGAAUUAUCUCUACCUAAACCCGAUGCGGGAUCUCGUAUUCUUCAUAAUUACAAGCUGCGAGAAAGAAGUUCAGGAUACGCGGAUGCGUGAUCUGGUCGAUUUGUACUACAAAAAGUUUAUAUCUCAUCUGGCGAGAUUGGAAUGUGACGUGACAUCCUUCUCCAGGGAGGCUUUCGAUGAACAGCUCGAGGAAGCCGGAAAAAUUGAGUAUCUGCAUUGCUUGUUUAUGACCAAAAUUGUCACUGCAGAUACUGAAAAAAACCCCAGUGCUGCAGAUUUCAAGGAUGUGUUCGGCACUAAGAUUACGGACGAGUGUGGCAAACGAAUGGCCGAGAUCACCUUGAAAUUUGCCAAAGAAAAGUGGAUAUAAGCUAGUGUUAUUGGUAUUAACACCCAUUAGACUUGGCGGCUAAAAAGCAUAUUGCAUUCGUUGACGAUCUGAUCGGUUGACCUUUGAAACAAGACUCCGGUCUUUUUUUUUCUAUCAGUCAUUCGAAUGCAGUAUUAUAACAUUUGCUGGCACCUCUUUGAUUAUAUUUUUGCUUGUUAUACGUGAUGAUUCCUUUACAUUUUAUUACGGUCCUGAAAUAGAUGACCAUCUUACAGUUUCAGUUACUUCUUUCCGUACAAAACGAAAUAUGAAUACCAAGGAUACAACUUUUCCGUAGAUUUAAACAAACGGCACCACAACAUGCCUUAUAUGUAUAAAUCACCGAGUAAUAAAGAAUACAAACAUGCUCUAAAUAACGUUGAAACUGAGAGAUAUUGACGAAACGCAGACAAACUAAACGAGAUAUAAUAAAAAUAGUUUUCGUCCUUCACUGCCAGAAAUGUGGAUGAUAUGUUUUUAACAUAUAUCAUGGUAGCAAAUAUAUGUAUCAGCACAGUAUUUGUGUUAUAAUUACAAACAUUUUUAUAUUUUUUUAUAAAUGCAAUAAUUGUAUUUAUUAAAUGUCUACCACUUGUAA